UGCUCUCGCAAAUCGAGUGAAUUUGCGAGAUUUUCUCAACGAUGUAUACGGCGCCAUGUUUAUGGAAAAAUUAAGAAAAAGUUUAGUUUGUUCACUCUCUGAAGACGAAUUUAUAAUUGUAAUGUGAAUAACGCAUCUGUCCAUCAAGAGUAUUCGUAUAUGCAGAAAUAAAUAAACUUAAACAACAGUCAUUUUAAGAAGAGAUACAGGAAGUAAUUUUUCUCCUUUUGGAAUUUGCUAUUAGUUAAAUGUUAUUGAAUAUACACUUUUUAAGCAGUACAGUUCCAUUUUAAAGAUUCUAUGCAUUUAUAUGUGGUUUUGAAAAUUCAAGCAUGAUGAAAUAACAGUAAUUAAUUACGCAUUCCAAAACAGUGACAGUGUUUAUUCAUUCACAAAUGAAUUAAGGAUCAUCAUCAAUGUAGUUGUUUUUGUGUACAUAUUUUUUAUUGAAUAAUAUUGAAAAUUCCUUGCUACUUCUGUCAUUCCUUUUAAACUGAUAAAGCUUCACUAUUUAGAAGAAAGGUUCCCACUGGGUUGCCAGCAGGACCUGUCAUGGUGUGUCAGAGGUUGUUCCACUGAUGGCGAAUAACAACGCGCCUGCUCAUGAUUUUGCACCAGCUUGGCUUAAGAUACCCACUUAUGAAAACUUUUUAACUGGUGCAGAUAGUGAGCGAGGUGGACAUACUAGCCGAAAAGAUGACCAUCGAGGAUAUGGAAGACGAAGUAGAGAAACAGAUUCUGUAACUCCUAAGCAACAAUAUUUUCCAGAUACACGGAGAGAAAGAGAUAGUUUUUCUGGAGAAAGAAAACCAUAUUUUCCAUCAAGACAUCAUUCUAUUGAUUUUGAUGAAUCACAAGGUCCUGGAAAUUGUACUCGUCUGUUCAGUUCUUCUUAUAACAACAGCUCUCUCUCAAAUUCUCAGCCUUCACUUUUACGAAGGCCACAUAGCAGGCAUGAUUUUCGUGAUAUCCCUUCUUAUACAAAGAUUGGAGUUAGUCAGACACUUUAUGAAAAAGCCAAAGGAAAGGAAGGUGCUAUCAACAUCAGCAGUAACUGUCCUGAAAUUAGAGGAAUGGAUGUGACAAGCAAUACUUUUAAUCAAGAAUUUCCUUCUUUACAAGGGGAUGGAUCUAUUGAUUCUACUUUUCAACCUCCAGUAGUUAAUGGUGGAGCUUGGGAAAAACCAAGAAAUGCAAAAGUUCACUGUAGUCAAAUUGGAAAAAAAAUUCAAUUAGUAAAGAGAGGUUCCAAACAAGACAAUGGAAUUGAUAUAAGAAGUAAAAGUCCUUCAGGAUCUUGUUUGCAGUCACAGUGUGGAAGUCCUAAAGUCAAUACCCACCCUGUUAUCAUUGCUCCAGUUAAUAAGAAUUCAAUUAAUACCAGUGUCAACAGUUCUGUUUAUAGAACAUUGGUUCCCUCUAAAAAAAUGUCUCAUUCAGUUAUGUCAAAUAUGGAAAUACUGGUAAAAAAUCCAAAAGCUCCAGGUAAUAAAAGUGACUUUUUGAAAGCUUUAAGAACUGAAACUGGAAGCAAGGGAGAUGAUGCCAAAGAAGGAAAUAAAGAAAUUGAAAUUGUCUCUCCAGAAAGAAACAAACAAAACCAGGGAGAAAAUGGUAAUGAAAUUGAUGACAAAGAAGAACAUGUAAAUAGUAUCAAUAUUGAAAAGUUAUCUUUGAAUCAAGAUACCAAUGAAACAGCACUCUCUAGUUCUUUGGAAGCUGAGCAAAGGUUACUUCGAGAGAUGGGUUGGAAAGAAGAGGGUUCAGAUGACGACGAUACUUAUGCACCACUUACAGAAGAUGAGCUGCGUGAAUUUAGAGAUUUAAGCCAAAAGAUUGCUGAGAAGAAGAAUGGAAUUCAGAAAAAUUUGCAAAUGACAUUAAGUCCUAAGCGUUUACCUCCACCUUAUCUUGCUGUUGGGCCAAGAAUUGAUAGUUGGUCAAGUUUUUCAGAAACAGAUUCUGAUUCAGAUUAAAAGAAUUGUCUUAUUACAACAUACCCUGUUUUUCAUUGUUUCUUUAUUUUGUUGUCAUUCUUGCCAUAUUGUAUUCUUAGAAAAUGCAAAAAAUUGAUACUUUUUUCCUAGUGUCAUCAAAUACAAUAAAAUGCACUUAUGGUUUCAUUCUUUUAAAGCUAGAUAAGGCUAUUCAGUGAAGUACAAAAUUUACAAUUUAAUGAAGCUAAUGAAUUUAACUUACAUUUAUUUUUCUAAACUUUUUUUUUAAAUUUAAGUAACUUGAAUUUAAAGAAUGUGCAUAAGUUUUCACUAUUAAAUUGUGUCACACUAUAUCUUACGAUAAUACUUGUUUAAAGAGAUAAUAUAAAUAUUCAUGCAUUUUAAAACAGUGAAAAAUAGCAUGCCAAAAUUCCCUUUGUUACUGAUUGUACAAUAAAUGGUAAAGGGAAUAUUUCUUGCAUGUGAGACAAAACAUAUUUUGGCUCAUGAUUGUUGAAGUAGAAUAAAGAGCACAAUUUUGCUACAUGGGAA